CGUACGGUAGGCCCAGAAUGGCUCGCAAGUGGCAAGAAACUGCGGAUUUUUCAGAACUGCUCGCGGAACACAAUCUCACUAGCUGUUGAUCCUCAGAGUCUGGACCUCACAGCCAUACGGGUCUUUCCCCUGAAUUCACUGGCGUUGCCGUGUUUCCUCCUUAAGUUUGAGCAGAGCCGCUGAACUUGACGAGGUCUGCUGCAUCGUUGCUCGAACUGCAUAGAAUCAUAUCGGCAACCUGCAACCCGCCACCCCUUUCCCUGUAGAAGCUCGAGAAGCUGCCUUCAACUGCUCCUUGUUAAAAUUUAUUUGUACUGCUUGAGGAGGAAUACGUUUUCAAGUUUCUGGACGCAAUUUAAUGUAUAGAAGCAGCAAUAUUGCGGCAAGGGUCUUCGAGCGUCAAAUUCGCAGCCCUGCUCCUGGCACUAGUGUUCAUUAUGCUCGGCGGUUGUAUGAAAAUUUGGUACCAAGUUACACAUUGUAUGAGGUUGAAUGCCCCGACCAUUUAUUUCGCAAAUUUACUGACGAUGGUCAAUACCUGAUAAGUUUCAGCAGAAAUCAUCAAGAGUUGAUUGUUUAUAGAUCUAGAUGGCUCUCUUAUUCAUGUAAAGAUGAAGAUUGUGAUAAACUUGACUUGCCUCCAAAUGCAAAGAGAUUUGAGAGUUUUUUCACCCAGUUAUAUUGUGUAUCCCUUGCUUCUUGCAAUGAACUUAUUUGUAAAGAUUUCUUCCUUUACAUGGAGGGUAAUCAAUUUGGUCUGUUUGCUACUUCUACGGCACAAAUUCAUGAUGCACCCGCUGUAGGAGGAGCUGUCCAGGGUGUUCCUUCGAUAGAAAAGAUAACAUUUCACCUCUUGAGAUUGGAAGAUGGAGUUAUCCUGGAUGAGAAGGUCUUCUGUAAUGAUUUUGUUAAUUUGACCCAUAAUAUGGGCGUCUUCUUGUAUGAUGACCUUUUGGCCAUCGUAUCACUUCGCUAUCAAACAAUACACAUUCUUCAAAUUAGGGAUUCUGGGCACCUUGUUGAUGUUCGUGCUAUUGGGGCAUUCUGCCGUGAAGAUGAUGAGCUUUUUCUCAAUUCAAGUUCUCAGGGCAUGUCUUCAUAUGACAAAAGUAAGCAGCAGCCUGGAAACCAUAUUCAAAAUAAUCAGGGCCAACCUAAUUUGGAGAAUUCUUUCUUGAGUGGCAUCAAACAGCGUUUGCUUUCAUUCAUAUUCCGGGGGAUCUGGAAUGAGGAAAGAGAUGAUACCUUGAGGGUUCAAAGCCUGAAGAAGAAGUUUUACUUUCACUUUCAAGAUUAUGUUGACUUGAUUAUGUGGAAGGUGCAAUUCUUGGACCGAUACCACCUGCUAAUCAAGUUUGGUAGUGUGGAUGGAGGGGUGUCAAGAAAUGCUGAUCACCACCCAGCUUUCUUUGCUGUAUAUAACAUGGAGACAACUGAAAUUGUAUCAUUUUAUCAGAAUUCUGCAGACAAUCUUUAUCUUUUGUUUGAGAAGUUCUGCGAUCACUUCCAUGUAACAUCAAGGAAUUCUAUGUAUAUGAAUUUCAUAUCAUCUCACUCAAAUAAUAUUUAUGCUUUGGAGCAAUUGCGGAUCAUAAAGGAUAAGGCGAGCAGCUCUUCGCAGUUUGUGAAGAAGAUGCUUGCCUCUUUGCCUUUCAGCUGUCAGUCGCAGAGUCCUUCUCCUUAUUUUGACCAAUCUCUUUUCCGGUUUGAUGACAAGUUGAUUUCUGCAACUGAUCGGCAUAGGCAAUCGACAGACCAUCCAAUCAAGUUCAUUCUAAGAAGGCAUCCGUAUUCGCUCAAAUUUAAGAUCAAACCAGGUCCUGAAGCUGGUAGUAUGGAUGGCCGAGCCAAGAAGAUCUCUUCAUUUCUGUUCCAUCCAUUUUUGCCCCUUGCUCUCUCUGUUCAACAGACUUUGUUCUUGCAGCCAUCAGUUGUAAAUAUUCACUUUCGAAGAUGAGGAUCGCAGUUUUGUUUUGCCCUACUUCGCUGUAGACAAUCUUAACUGAAUUGAGAGAUUGUAUAUUUAUUCGGUACUUGAAAAAUGUUAUAUUCAAGCGCUGCUAGUUUACGUUUUAA